AAAAAUAAUACUUAAGUCUCUGAGCAGAGAAAAAAUUGCACAAUGUUACUUGAACCUUUUAGAUGCUCCUAGGCGCCAUGGUCCUGUACAGUUUUGGUUUGUAGUGUGUAUCUUCGCUUUUACUUUGGUAUCAUUUUUUUGUUUCUUUGUAGACGAAUCAAAUUUUAAUUUGGCUUAGAUGCCAAUUUUGCAGUCGUUUUUUGGAGUAGUUAUUCAUGAUUUCCAUUUUUACUAGUAGAAGCAUUUUUUUUCCUACCCAUCUAGAACCCCAACUCACCCAAUUUCUAUCAUUCGAUCACUGCGAUUCUCUCCUUAAAAUCCAAUCUUUUGCUUUCAUUCAUUGAUCAAGAAUCAAGCAGCAAGCAGGCUCCUUUGAAAAAUAUUAAGCAAAUCAUGGAUCCUGAUACAACAAACCCAAGUUAUUGGUUGAACUGGAGGUUUUUAAUAUGUGCAUUAUACGUCUUGACCACCAUGGUGCUUGCUGGUGUGCUUAUAUGGAAAUACGAAGGCAGAAAGAAAUUGGAUGAUGAGAGGAGAGAAGACGGAAUAAUGCCAGUUGGAGCCUUACACAAGGAUGAUGUCUGGAAAACAUGUCUUAGAAGCAUUCAUCCUUCCAUCUUGCUUGCUUUUAGGAUCUUUGCGUUUGUUCUGCUAAUGGCAUUGAUCACUGGUAACGCUGUUGUCAAAGGACCUGGCGUCUUUUUCUUCUAUACCCAGUGGACUUUUACACUGACUACCAUAUACUUUGGGCUGGCAUCCGCAUUCUCUAUUUUUGGGUGUUGGUCUAAUCGUAAUGGAGCUUGUAUCUCGAAGAUGGCCUCCCAAAAUAUUGAUGCAGAGACUGUAUCUCUUUCUGCUCAAAAGCUUGGAGGUAGUGCAAACACAUCUUGGUUAGAAAACUUGAUUAAUCAUGAAGAAGUUCAGUAUCACCAAAUUGCAGGUUUUAUGGGUUAUCUUCUUCAAAUUAUUUACCAGGUAACUGCAGGUGCUGUGCUGCUCACAGAUGUCGUAUUUUGGCUAGUCAUUUAUCCAUUUCUGACUGCCAAAGAUUAUAGACUUGCUUUUUUUGAUAUUAGCAUGCAUUCCGUAAAUGUUCUCAUUCUUGGUGAUGCAAUCUUGAAUUGCAUGAGGUUUCCUAUGUUCCGGAUUGCAUAUUUUAUCAUAUGGACUGGAGUAUUUGUUAUUUGCCAAUGGAUUAUUCAUGCCUGUGUUUCAAUGAGAUGGCCAUACCCAUUCAUGGAUUUAUCACCUCCAUAUGCUCCAAUUUGGUACGUGGUAGUGGGCUUGUUACACAUCCCAUGCUAUGGAGUCUUCGCGCUAAUAGUAAAGUUGAAACACAUGUGGCUUUCAAGAUCAUUUCCGGAUUCUUAUCAGGGUAUCAGAUGAUCGGUGAUGGAUAUCUGGGUUCUGUACAAGAACGUAUGCCAAUCUAUUUUGGUCGAGACUCCAGAGUAUCAUCAUUCUUAGACCACACAUUCUUCCCUAAUCCGCCUGUGAGCUUGAGAUGAAUAAUUUGAGUUCAUCAUCUUCCUCAGGUUUAUAUACACGAUUAGUUCAUUGUUAUACACAUUAUCAUCAUCAAAUUUUAAUAAACUUCAUGAAAUUUGAAAUUAAGAUGGAGUACAUUAUGUUAUCUUGAAACUGUUUAUAAAUAUCUUUUACAAACUUUGCUAGCAGAUUAUAAUUAAUACUUAAUCUCGGUUAAACUACUACAUUUAACCCUAUAAGCACUUAAUUAUUCGGAUUGAGGCAAAUUCUUAGAGAUUUAGGCGUAUUAUUUUAAUUUUUUUAGUUUAUGUAUACUUUCAUCUCAUUCACUUUGAUGCUAUAUUUUUUUUGUUGUUUGACUGAUUUAGCUACAAUUCAGUUUUUAUUUAUGUUCUUAUUUUUUUUUCU